UUGUCACAGCACCUUCCUUCACUAACUGUUCGAGUCGCCAUGGCCGUAAACUUGAUUUCAAAAGUGGGGUGCAUAAAAUUUGCGAACAUUGAAUAAUAUUACUUUCGCAGACCUAGAAUUUGACAUUGAUUACAUAGUGGAUGCGUUUGAUAGUGCAACUGCUACUGUGACAUAUCUAUUAAAGCACGUGUUCUAUAGUUGAUGUUGAUAAUGCUCUUCAACAGUGAUGACGCAAAUGGUUUUUAUCCGAAGCUGUUCGUUUCAGCUACCCAGCCCAGUAGUCACGUGGUCUCCCGCAGACCUGAUAGAAGCCCGUAAUUGUGGAAACGAAUUGGCCGUCGUGUUGCUGAAUCGACCGAUACUUUUCAACAAGGAUUACUUUAGGACGAUUUGGAACAAUGCCAGCGUAAGGGUCACGGUUGACGGAGGAACGAACCGUUGGGUGGAUUUUGUCAAAGAACAAAUCGCACCUGAUGACCAGUUAAAGCCACCAGACCUAGUGACGGGAGAUUUUGAUUCAUGCACUGAUGAAUCGAUGGCAUAUGUGACAAGGUUGAACUGUAGGAUCAUCAAAACUCCAGAUCAAAAUGCAACUGACUUCACCAAAUCUUUGAUGGCACUCCAGAGCACCGGAUAUGCGGACAAAAUAAGUCGAGUGCUGGUACUGUGCGAAAGUUCCGGUCGCUUGGAUCAGAUAAUGGCCAACAUCAACACGCUAUUUCUGGCUCAGAAAGUCCUGCCCCACAAAGCUGUAUUUUUGCGAUCUAGCAAUUCGCUGAGUUGGCUGCUUCCAUCGGGAAAUCAUCUGAUAAACAUUCCCUCGCGAUUGGUACAUGAACGCAUCUGGUGCUCACUGAUACCGAUUGGGCAUCGGGUCAUCGGUAGCACUAUCGGACUGCGGUGGAAUCUUGACAACCGGGUCUUGGAAUUUGGUAACUUAGUGAGCACGUCGAAUGCCUAUGCAGAGCAGGAAAUUAAAAUCAUUAAUGACAAUUCCUUGCUUUGGUGUAUGGGGACGUCGCCGAAAGAUAUGUGAUAGAUGGUGCUUAAUGUGGAACAAAGUUCAAUUUUAUUGUAAAUCGAAUAGUAUUUGCCUUACAGUUAUGAGGUUUCAGUCUAUGAGCAAUAUCACUUGAGUAACUAGUUUUCAAAGAUCACAAAUCACUAUAUGACGUACUCUUAUAUUACAAGCGAUAUAAGCUCAAAGUCUGAAUACCUCAUUGGAAUCUUGCGUUAGAAUCUACAACUUCACUGUAGACGGUGUUGUUUGUAAUUAAAAAUUGUGGCAGUAGGUACUUCUCUCUGUUGUUAAGAUGUUUCCAUUAUUUAUGAAAUAUUUGAAUAGUAUAGGAGAAAUAUAUUAUUGAAUAGCAAAUUUUUGUAUAAUUAUUAUACACAUGUUAUGCGAAUAUAUAGAAUAUUACAGAAAGAAA